UUGAAGGAGGAGCCUAAAGGCUGACAGUAUCUCUUUAGCUUAAUAACUAGUAGUUCUAAUUUGGUAUUUUAUACUCUUAGCACACCACACAAAUGAGUGAUGAGGAAGAGGAUGAUGAUGGCUGUGACCUUUUCGUUGACUCCGAGAAGGAGGAGGAAGAUAUUGAGGACAUUGAAGAAAAUACUAGACCUAAAAGAAGCAGACCUACAUCGUUUGCUGAUGAGCUGGCUGCCCGCAUCAAAGGGGAUGCCAUGGGCCGAGUGGACGAGGAGCCUACAACCUUAUCCUCAGGAGAAGCAAAACCUCGGAAGACACUCAAAGAGAAGAAGGAAAGGAGAACUCCUUCAGACGAUGAAGAGGAUAACUUAUUCACACCCCCCAAGCUGACCGACGAGGACUUCUCGCCAUUUGGCUCUCGAGGCGGCCUGUUCAGUGGGGGAAAAGGGCUCUUUGAUGAUGAGGACGAGGAGAGUGACCUCUUCAUGGAAGCCCCCCAGGAUCGGCCAGCUGGAGGCUCUGUUAAGGAGGGUAAGCUGGGGCUGGUCAGCUGCGUCUCGGUGUGCAGAGUUCCUUCUCACUAGGAGAUGGAACCCCGG